UCAUUUCCAUCGUAUAAUUGUGUAUUAACAUCAUCAUCAACGUCAUCUUUCUCAUUUCUCUCUCCUCUUUCGGCUUCAAUUCGUGUUCUUGUUUUUGUUCUGGAUCUUCAUUUCAUUAUCUCAAUAAAUCAACAAUUGAAUAGAUCGUCAAAUUCGGCGGAUAAAAUCGCUUAAUUUGAGAUUUGAUAGGCUUACUGACUUUAAUUUUUUUGUAAUUUCGACCAGAAAUAAAAGAGUUUCUCAAAUCUGAAACCCUAAUUUUGACGGAAAUUUCCAGAUCUAACUUAAAAACUACAUAAUUUUGUUGUAUAAUAUCAUAGAUCGGGUAACCCUAGAUUAGGUAGUUUAAUUUCAAAUGGGAAGCGAUGUGAAGAUGAAGAUUAAUAGAGGUGAAGAAGGUGAAAUCUCAGAAGCAGAUACAGACGCCAUUGUUGAGAUUAGUAAGGAUGAAAUUAAGCCAUGGAAACAACAACAAUCAAUGAGCAAGACAACAACGGCUUCAUCGGAUUCGACAUCGAAUAACAAAAACAAUAACAACAACAACAACAGGUAUUGGAUGAAUAAUUUGUACAAGUAUUAUCCAAGAGGAUAUGGAGCUUCAGGUCUUCAUAAUUUAGCGUGGGCGCAAGCUGUACAGAAUAAGCCUUUGAAUGAAGCACUGGUAGAAUUGGAUGAUAAAAACAGUAGUAAUAAAGUUAGUGAUGAUACUGCUGCUGCUGAUGCAGGGAAGGAGCAGCAGCAGCAGUUAGAUAGUAGUGGUAAUAAUGGAGUUGCUGAAAUGGUUGAUAGUGAGAAGGAAGAAGGUGAAUUGGAAGAAGGCGAGAUUGAUUUCGAUUCCGAGGACGAAACUGACAGUAAUCAUAAUAAACUUAUUAAUAAUGCUAAUAAAAAGGUUGAAGAUGAAUUUAGUAGGUUAGGGGGUUUGGAAAUGGAAGAUGAAGAGUUGGAGAAUCAGGUUUCUUCUAUUCGUAAAGUUCUUCAGAAUGUCACUGUUGCUGAAGCCAAUAAAUCAUUCGAUAUCGUGUGUGCUCGGUUGAAGGGCUCCUUAGAGAGCUUGAAAGAAUUGGUGUUGCAUACCUGGUUUCCUUCCAAAGAUGCGCUUAUUCAACAAGCUUUUGCUGCUGUCCAGUGUGUUUACACUGUUUACAGUUCAAUGACCCCUACUUUAAAAGAUCAGAAUAAGGAUAGGAUGUCAAGACUGCUUAGUUUUGUUAAGGGCCUCAGUUCUGCUCUUUUUACACCAGAACAGAGGAAAGAGGUGGAGGGCAUGAUUGCCAUUGUUAACCCUCCACCACCGGUGGUUUCAGUGAAGCCCAAGUCCAGGGACAGGCAGGAAGAACUGUCAGUUACAGAUAAGGCUAUCCUCACUGAUUCGAAUACAUUAACUGUAAAUACUGGUGACAACAGUUCCCAGUAUUUGAAGAAAUUGGAACUUGAAUCUUCUGUUUAUCAGUCGGAAAGAAAGAACACUGACAUUCUGUCAGAAGCAUUGAGGCAACUUCCUUCUAAUGUAAAGGCAAGAAGCAAUUUUGGUCCUCUGCUAGAUCUCCAUACGGUUCAUGAUGAAGACAGUCUUCCAUCACCCACCAGCAAAUCUGCGCCUCCUUUGCCUUUCUUUGAAGCAGCUUUCCCCCGUGUUGUCCAUGGUUUGCAGAAAUCUGGGGUGCAUCCCUAUCAAACUGAAGCAGUGAACGCUGUCUCAAGCUACCAACAAAGGUAUGUUCGGAGUACAUUCCAAGCAACUGACACACUUCCUAGCCCAACUCCUUCCGAAGAUGGUAAUGAUGGAGGAGCUGAUGAUUCCAAUGAGGAGGUUUCUAGUUCUGCUGCCUAUAAUAAUAUUAUUAGUAGGAAUACAAAUUCCUUUGUCGCUCCACAACCAGCUGUUUCUUCUGCUACUUAUACAAGUACUUCAAGUGUCCAAGGGGUGAUUAGUGGCACUAGUGCUGGAGUUUCUUGGGCUGGAUCUUCUUCUUCAUCACAGCCCACUGCAAAGAGUCGAGAUCCUAGACUUCGGCAUAUUAAUCCCAGUUUUGGCUCAUUAGACCUUAGUUUCUGCCCUUCACCCAUGGUGUCCAGCUCAGCAGCUAAAUUAGAGCCGUUGGGCGAGAUAAUGAAUCCUAAGAAGACUAAGGCACUUGAGGGCCCCCUCUCAGAUGGUCCUGUUGCCAAGAGACCAAGAAAUGUCCUAGUUACCAAAGAGAUGUCCACAAAUGCAAAUCUAGUAAAAACCUUGCCUGGAAGUACUGGAGUGGAGACUAGUAGUAUUCUAGGACCACAAUUUGCAAGCAGAGGGCUGUUGGGUCCGGCUGUUGAUCCUAGGAAAAUAGGAAGUGGUAUCGCUUCUUCUGGGAUUACUACUAUUAAUUCCAGUGCGACAGUGAAUACAACUACUCAGUCCACAAAGAAUACCAGCGGCACCUCGUCCUUGCAGUCUCUGUUAAAAGGCAUUGCAGGGAAUCCAGCAGCAUGGAUAAAUAUUAUGAAGGAGCAGAAAAAAUCCAGUGAAUCUUUACAAAGUGUAUCACACUCUGCAAACUCAAAUUCAAUACUAGGAACAUCUCCCUCGCCUAGCACUUCUCCAACAACUUCGCCUGGGGUGGGGCAGGCAAGUGCAGGAUUGCUUCAGGUCCCUUCUCAGAUAGCAGUCACGAGCCCACAGGAUGAAUUGACAAAACAUCGCAUGAAACCCCGUGACCCUCGUCGUGUCCUACAUGCCAAUUUGGUUCAAAGGACUGGAAGUUCUAUACCAGAGCAGACAAAAGUAAAUGGAGUUCAAAAUGCAACUACUCAAGGACUCCAAGACAAUUUCAAUCUCCAAAGGCAUGUUAACGUGAAAAGCCUUAGUGCUGCAUCUUCUCAGACCCCAGUUUUGCCUGAUAUUACUAAGCAGUUUACUAAGAAUUUGAAAAAUAUCGCUGACAUUAUUUCUGCCCCACAAACUUCCAGUAUUCAGUCUCCACCUGCAUUAAGUUCUCCAUCUGUGCAAGUUAAUUUGGACAGCAAAAGUGUUAGUUCUGGUGGAGCAACAACUGGUAGUUCUGGUGGAGUAUUAAAUACUGGCGACCAGCGUAGUGGGUCUGCAUUGAAGCCUGAAGAAGCUUCUACUGGUGCACAAUUGCAGAACAAUUGGGGAGAUGUUGAGCAUUAUUUUGAUGGAUAUGAUGAUCAGCAAAAGGCUGCUAUACAGCAAGAGAGAACUAGAAGGCUUGAUGAGCAGAAGAAAAUGUUUGCUUCCCACAAAUUGUGCCUUGUGUUGGAUCUGGAUCAUACGCUGCUUAAUUCAGCAAAAUUCUCGGAGGUAGAUCCUGUGCAUGAUGAGAUUUUGAGAAAGAAAGAGGAACAAGAUCGUGAAAAGCCCCGGCGACAUCUCUUUCGCUUUCCACAUAUGGCGAUGUGGACAAAGCUACGGCCUGGUAUUUGGAAUUUCUUGGAGAAGGCUAGUAAGCUUUAUGAACUUCACCUAUAUACCAUGGGGAACAAGUUGUAUGCCACUGAGAUGGCCAAAGUGCUUGAUCCAAAGGGAAGUUUGUUUUCUGGGCGAGUUAUUUCACGGGGUGAUGAUGGGGAUACCGUUGAUGGAGAUGAGAGGGUACCCAAGAGUAAGGAUUUAGAGGGUGUUUUGGGCAUGGAAUCUUCUGUUGUAAUAAUUGAUGAUUCUGCUAGAGUUUGGCCACAUAACAAGCUAAAUCUGAUAGUUGUGGAAAGGUAUACUUAUUUUCCUUGUAGUAGGAGGCAAUUUGGGCUCCCAGGACCUUCACUUCUUGAGAUUGACCAUGAUGAGAGACCAGAAGAAGGAACGUUGGCAUCGUCUUUGGCAGUCAUAGAGAGGAUACACCAUAAUUUCUUUGCUCACAACUCCCUGGAUGAUGUGGAUGUGAGAAAUAUCUUGGCUGCUGAGCAGCGAAAGAUUCUUGCUGGCUGCCGCAUUGUGUUUAGCAGGGUUUUCCCUGUUGGGGAAGUUAAACCUCACUUACACCCACUUUGGCAGACAGCAGAGCAGUUUGGUGCUGUGUGCACCAACCAAAUAGACGAACAAGUUACCCAUGUAGUGGCCAAUUCUCUUGGGACUGACAAGGUUAACUGGGCUAUAUCAACUGGAAAAUUUGUUGUGCAUCCUGGCUGGGUGGAAGCUUCUGCAUUACUUUACAGAAGGGUAAAUGAGCAAGAUUUUGCUGUGAAAUCGUGAAAGGUUAUAGUGUGUCCAGCUCUGGUCGAACAGAAACUGUUGAGUGCAGUUUGAUAUUUUAAGGUAGCCUUCCUCAAAUUCAUGAAAAGCUGGAACCAAGGGGAAACUGACCUUCAGACCUUCCUUGCCAGUGAUAUUGAAAAUGUGGUUUUGGUGGUGAGGACCAGCCCUAUCUUUUCACCCCUGACUUUUCGCCGGACAUUUAGGAUGGCUUGUCCCUAGUGAUGCUUGAUCGGGUAAUGUAUGGCUGGGUGCCCAGCAAAAGUGGCUGGCUGUGUUUGUUUUAAAGGAUUGGAUAUUACAGCCAAGGUAGGUGUAGAAUGUAGCAACUGCUGGGAAAUAUGGGAUAAAUUGGUGAUGCUCGAUGCCAUAGGGAAUUGAGGGAGGUAGUUGAUGCUCUACAGUUUGACAAUAUAGAGAGGGUGAGAAGCCAUUUUCUUGGCUGUAGCUUUUUGGUGGGGGAAUCAGUGUCAUGGGUUAAAGAGAGGUUGAUCGCAGAGGCUAAAAUGUUGAAUAUUGCAGGUAUGUGGUGGUGCCUUUCUUGCAAAGUGAAGGGAUAAGCAGGGAUGAUUUAACUUGAUGCGAUGUACAGAAAAGCAUGAUUUUUUACAACUUUGCCUGGGAAACCCAGAGGGCAAAGUUGAAUGCUGGCCAGAUCAAUUGCUCUCCUAAAGAGGUCCCAAGGCCAAAACAUUAAUUCUAGUAACUAACUAAAAAAGAAAAUUCAUUUUUUGGGGUGGUAAUGGGGACAUUAUCAAAGAUUAUCUGAAUCAAAUUUGAUUAAAGCUUUACCAUUUAAGGUAAAACUGUAAAAGUAAUCUGAACCAGUGGUCGGGCGAAUGGUGGGUUGUUUGUCAAAUAAAUCUAAUCUGCAAGUUUGUUUAAGUUUUUUCAUUUUUCAAGUAAUCUCAUAGGAGAAAAUAGGUUAAUUGACAGAAAGUGAUAUUUUGAUUGUUUUGAUCUUAUAUUUUAACUUGGAACCCUUUAUUUGAUGGAUGGUAUAUUUUGUCCGAUAAAGUGGAACUAACUAAAAUUUGGUCUGCCGAAUAUCCGAGCCGUUGGCUCUGACAUUACAAUUUACAACAUUAAGAAAUUUAUUAUGGAUUACUAUAAUUGAACAUUCUAAGAAAACCUUUCUAGUUGUAUAUAAUGACAUGCGAACCUGGACUAGUAUGUGUCGGCUAUAAGCCAUCAGGUCUCUCAUUUUUGCGGCUAAUGCAAGCAUCGGCGGUACUCUUUACUAAAUAAUCUACUUCAUUUAUGGCUUGGUUUUUACCUUUUGACAUGGUAGUGAACAGGCAAUAGAUACAACAUACGCCGCCAGUAGCGGUGGGCUGCUAAUGGCCACACUGAUGGGGCAAUUUGAAAGAACGGUAACUCGGGUUGAGAGGAUCUGUGAGAGGUUCCGGCCCCUUCUUCUUACCCAAAAAAAAAAAAAAAAAAAAAA